GAGAUGAGCGUGGCGGAUCUGCCAAAGACAGAGGCGAACGUGCUGAGAGGCCACGAGGGGGCAGUAUUAGCAGCGAGGUUCAAUAGUGACGGCAAUUACUGCCUCAGCGCCGGGAAAGACCGAACCAUCAGACUCUGGAACCCACACCGCGGCAUCCACAUCAAGACCUACAAGGCCCAUGGCCGCGAAGUACGUGACGUUCAUGUCACCUCGGACAACUCGAAAUUGUGUUCUUGCGGUGGUGACAGACAAAUCUUUUAUUGGGAUGUGGCGACGGGGAAAGUCAUUCGAAAGUUUCGAGGCCAUGAAGGGGAGGUGAAUGGUGUGAAGUUCAAUGAGUAUUCAUCUGUUGUGGUCUCGGCAGGUUUUGAUCAGUCCUUGCGUGCUUGGGACUGCAGGUCUCACAGCAAUGAACCCAUUCAGAUAAUUGAUACGUUUACAGACAGUGUAAUGUCUGUUUGUUUAACAAAGACCGAAAUUAUUGGUGGAAGUGUUGAUGGAACUGUGAGAACUUUCGAUAUGCGUAUGGGGAGAGAAGUAUCCGAUGACUUGGGACAACCUGUAAACUGCAUCUCAAUGUCAAAUGACGGUAACUGCAUACUAGCAAGU